AAGAGCAGGAGGAGACUGAGAAGGGCAAGGAGUCAUGGCUUCUGAUGCUAGUCACGUGCUGGAAGCUGCCCUGGAGCAAAUGGACGGGAUCAUUGCAGGUACUAAAACAGGUGCGGAUAUUAGUGAUGGUACUUGUGAGGCUGGACUGCCUUCCCCGGCCUCCUACGUGAACCCCUUCCCAGUGCUCCAUCUCAUCGAGGACUUGAGGCUGGCCCUGGAGAUGCUGGAGCCUCCUCAGGAGAGAGCAGCCCUCCUGAGCCAGAUCCCUGGCCCAACAGCUGCCUACAUAAAGGAGUGGUUGGAGGAGAGCUUGUCCCAGGUAAAUCACCACGGUGCUGCUAGUAACGAAACCUACCAGGAACGCCUGGCACGUCUAGAAGGAGAUAAGGAGUCCCUCAUAUUACAGGUGAGUGUCCUCACAGAUCAAGUGGAAGCCCAAGGAGAGAAGAUUCGGGACCUGGAAGUGUGUCUGGAAGGACACCAGGUGAAACUCAAUGCUGCUGAGGAGAUGCUUCAACAGGAGCUGCUAAGUCGCACAUCUCUUGAGACGCAGAAGCUUGAUCUGAUGACUGAAGUGUCUGAGCUGAAGCUCAAGCUGGUUGGCAUGGAGAAGGAGCAGAGAGAGCAGGAGGAGAAGCAGAGAAAAGCAGAGGAGUUACUGCAAGAGCUCAGGCACCUCAAAAUCAAAGUGGAAGAGUUGGAAAAUGAACGGAAUCAGUAUGAGUGGAAGCUGAAGGCCACUAAGGCUGAGGUAGCCCAGCUGCAAGAGCAGGUGGCCCUGAAAGAUGCAGAAAUUGAGCGUCUGCACAGCCAGCUCUCCCGGACAGCAGCUCUCCACAGUGACCACGCAGAGAGAGACCAAGAAAUUCAAUGUCUGAAAAAGGGGAUGGAAACUUUGCUUGUUGCCAAUGAAGAUAAGGACCGUCGCAUAGAGGAGCUUACAGGGUUGUUAAACCAGUACCGAAGAGUGAAGGAGAUUGUGAUGGCAACUCAAGGGCCUUCAGAGAGAACACUCUCAAUCAAUGAAGAAGAACUGGAAGGAAGUUUCAGGAAGUGGAAUACUACAAAUAAAGGCCCCGAAGACUUAUUUAAACAAGAGAUGCCUCCAAGAUGUAGCUCCCCCACAGCGGGGCCACCUCCAUUGCCGCAGAAAUCACUAGAAACCAGAGCUCAGAAAAAACUCUCCUGUAGUCUGGAAGACUUGAGAAGUCAAUCUGUGGAUAAGUGUGUCAACGGGAACCAGCUCUCCCCGGUUGCAGAACCCAAGGCUGGCCCUUUCCUGGUGGAGCACAAAUACCCCACAUUACCUGGGAAGCUUUCAGGAGCCACGCCCAAUGGAGAGGCUGCCAGAUCUCCCACCGCCUGCCUGCCUGACACCACAGGGAGCAGCCUGCAGAGGCUGAGAGACACAGAAAGUGGUUGGGAUGACACUGCCAUGGCAAAUGACCUUUCAUCCACGUCAUCUGGCACCGAAUCAAGUCCCCAGUCUCCUCUGACACCAGAUGGUAAACGGAGUCCCAAAGGCAUCAAGAAGUUCUGGGGAAAAAUCCGAAGAACUCAGUCAGGAAACUUCAACACUGAUGUGCCAGGGAUGGCAGAGUUUCGACGAGGUGGGCUCCGGGCCACCGCGGGGCCAAGACUGUCUAGGACCAGAGAUUCCAAGGGACAGAAAAGUGACGCUAAUGCCCCCUUUGCCCAGUGGAGCACCGAGCGUGUGUGUACGUGGCUGGAGGACUUUGGCCUGGCUCAGUACGUGAUCUUUGCCAGGCAGUGGGUGUCUUCCGGCCACACAUUAUUGACAGCUACUCCUCAGGACAUGGAAAAGGAGCUAGGAAUUAAGCACCCUCUUCACAGGAAGAAGCUGGUUUUAGCAGUGAAAGCCAUCAACACCAAGCAAGAGGAGAAGUCUGCACUGCUAGACCACAUUUGGGUGACACGGUGGCUUGACGAUAUUGGCUUACCCCAAUACAAAGACCAGUUUCAUGAAUCCAGAGUUGAUGGACGAAUGCUGCAAUACCUAACUGUGAAUGAUCUACUCUUCUUAAAAGUGACCAGCCAACUACAUCAUCUCAGCAUCAAAUGUGCCAUUCACGUGCUGCAUGUCAACAAGUUCAACCCCCACUGCCUGCACAGGCGGCCGGCUGAUGAGAGUAACGUUUCUCCUUCAGAAGUUGUGCAGUGGUCCAACCACAGGGUGAUGGAGUGGUUGCGGUCCGUAGACCUGGCAGAGUAUGCUCCCAACCUUCGAGGGAGUGGAGUCCACGGAGGUCUCAUUAUCCUGGAGCCACGCUUCACUGGGGACACCCUGGCUAUGCUUCUCAAUAUUCCACCACAAAAGACACUCCUCAGGCGCCACCUGACCACCAAAUUCAAUGCCCUGAUUGGUCCUGAGGCGGAACAGGAAAAGCGAGAUAAAAUGGCCUCGCCAGCUUACACGCCACUGACCACCACUGCCAAAGUGCGGCCAAGGAAACUAGGAUUUUCACAUUUUGGAAACCUAAGAAAAAAGAAAUUUGAUGAAUCGACGGACUACAUUUGCCCAAUGGAGCCCAACGACGGCAUCAGCGACAGUCACAAGGUCUACAGUGGUUACCGGGGCCUCAGCCCCCUUGAUGCCCCUGAACUGGAUGGGCUGGACCAGGUGGGACAGAUUAGCUGACGCCCUUGUCACCUGCCCUCUCUGUGCACCCUGAGCACUCACAGUAACAAUGUGUGUCACCGUAUAACUGCACCUCAUCCCUUGCACGUGUGCAUGACUCACAGAGAACAUUCCAGCAAUUGUGGACCCCUGGGCUAGUCUCUCUUCAAACCCUGAUGGUGGCUAGGAAAUGGAGCUACACCUCUGCCAAGGGGCCAGGCUUUGGGGACUAUUGCCAAAGGUGGGCUCAGGAGGAAAGACAAUUAAAGACACUUUUACAUUUUUAGUAUUCUUGACGUCCAUCUUCAGCACCAGUGGAAACACAUGAACUUGGACACAGGUCCAGAGAACCUGGUCACUGCCAAGAGGCUCAGCUCUCGGACAUCUCCCUGUGCUUCAGAUGAGGGAAACGCUCAAGUGCCUUAGGCCUGUGGGCCACAAUCUUAGCUGAGAUCAGUAGGAGCAGGCAGCUGGGACUUGUGUCACAGUGACGGUGGAAUUGUGUCGUACCUUACUACAGAGGUGGCUGCUGCUUUCUGGUAAUAAAAACGGUAUUUAUGUACAAAGC